AUGUGUAAUGAUGCUUUUGCAUUAGAUGAGAAAAUUUCAAAUCAUAUGAUUGUUUGCCUUAAUUUACAUAUAGAAAGACGAGAAGUUUAUCAACGAUUAAAAACUGCUUUUUCAAGUACAGCUGAGCCAAAAAGUGUUAAUCCAAUAAGAUUAAUUGACAAAGAUGAUGAUGCAAUUAAUCGUACAGUUGGCUUUGAACAAGUCAAUUUUGACGGUGUCAAGUUUUUAUUAGUAGCAUUCACAAAUGUUGAACGUUAUGUAGAAUUUUUAUAA